GCUCUGAGUUUGAAGACAUUCAUCAAUGGCGAUUCGCAGAGCGCAAACUCUACUUUGUCUUUCCAAAUUCAAAACCAAUUUCGUGUUUGGGUCGCUCCACCGAUUCUCUUCGUCGUCUCAAAAUUCAAAUCAAUUCCAGAAUGUUGGUUUUAUAGGACUUGGAAAUAUGGGAUCUAGAAUGGUGAAUAAUCUAGUUAAAGCUGGAUAUAAAGUUACCGUUCAUGACAUAAACCGUGAUGUUAUGAAGAUGUUCACCGAAAUGGGAGUCUCUGCUAGAGAAACUCCUUAUGAAGUUGCACAAGAUAGCGAAGUUGUGAUUACGAUGUUGCCUUCUUCAUCUCACGUGAUGGAUGUGUACACAGGAACAAAUGGGUUGCUUCUUGGAGGAAAUGCUAUAAGACCUGCUUUGUUAAUUGAUUCAUCCACUAUUGAUCCACAAACAACUCGAAAAAUCUCGUUUGCUGUUUCUAAUUGUAAUUUGAAAGAAAAGAGAGGUAAUUGGGAAAAGCCGGUCAUGUUGGAUGCUCCCGUCUCUGGAGGUGUUCUUGCUGCAGAAGCUGGUACACUUACUUUCAUGGUUGGAGGUCCCGAAGAUGCUUACGUAGCUGCUAGACCAAUAUUUCAGUCAAUGGGUAGAACCUCCAUCUACUGUGGUGGUUCAGGAAAUGGCUCUGCUGCAAAGAUUUGUAACAAUUUGGCAAUGGCUGUGAGUAUGCUCGGCACUUCAGAAGCCUUAGCUCUUGGUCAGUCACUUGGAAUAUCUGCCAGUACCUUAACAGAAGUCUUAAACACAUCUAGUGGCCGAUGUUGGAGUAGCGACGCAUACAAUCCAGUUCCAGGAGUUAUGAAAGGUGUGCCAUCUUCAAGGGAUUACAAUGGCGGUUUUGCCUCCAAACUUAUGGCUAAAGACCUAAACCUCGCAGCAGCCUCAGCUGAAGAAGUUGGACACAAAAGCCCAUUGAUAUCCAAAGCACAAGAAAUUUACAAGAAGAUGUGCGAGGAAGGGCAUGAAACGAAGGACUUCUCUUGUGUUUUCAGACACUUUUACAAUGGCAAAGAUGAGUUUGAGACAACCUCUAGUUUGGGCAAAACUCUUGGCUUCGCCAAUCAAGUGGUUGUUAGAAGCUACAGUGAGUUUGUUGUGAUGGCGCGUGAGGAGAAGCAGACUCUUACUCCAAAGGAGAUUAUACAUCAGAAGUUUGGUGAUAAAGCAAUUUACAGAAUUGAGGAAGUUCAUGUUUCUUCGAAUGAAUGCCUCUAUCGUUGCCACUUGCAGCUACCGGAAUUUUCUGUUGUAUCAAAUGUCUUCAAGAAGAAGAAAGAUUCUGAACAAUCCGCUGCUGAAUUGGCUCUCGAGAAGUUAGGAAUUCAGUCUCAGGAUGAUGAUGAUGAUGAUAUAACUGUGGAUGAAGCUUGGAAUGAUAUCGUUGAACGCAUAACUGAUCAUCCUCUAGGAGGUCACCUUAGGGCGGCAUUGAAAAGGGAUGGCGAACGUUGCGGAUCACUUCCUGUUUCUGUCAUUGCGACAUUUGAUGCAAAGAUUAACAGUCGCUGUAAAGUGAUUGAUCCUUCUGUGGACUCAGAUCCUAUCUUGCUCAUGUCCUAUGUCAUGAAGGCUGCAGCAAAGUUUCCGGACUACAUUGUCGUGUCUCCGCAUGUAGAUUCACUACGAAGGAAAAAGCCAUACCCUCCAGCAAUUGUAAAAGCUCUGGCUGCUCAUGUGAAAAGCAUAAAAGUUGAGGCUGUGCAUAUACAAUGUACUGUUGGCGGUGAAGAAGUUGUUAAGCCAGUCACUCUUGAUAUUUCAUCAGGUCGGUAUUACUUGGAUAUUAUUGCUGAAAAGCUUGGGUUGAAGGAUGGCAGCCAAGUGAUGAUAUCAAGGACUAUUGGCAAAACUUCCUCUGGCUAUGAGUGUAGAGUAUACGCUGCCAUGCCUAAGUUGAAGUCUUUCGACAAUUCAUGGAAAGCCCGUGAAAAACGUCCAAUUAAUGAAUCAUCACAUCUUGAAAAGUCUCGGAAUGCAAAAGCAAGUUUUGUUUGUGGUCUAGAUAUUCACGGUGAUGCGAUCGUGGCAUCUGUUGGUUACCCAUGGAGGUCCCAUGAUCUUGAACAUGAUGCUGUAACCUUAAAGUCGUUUUACAGGAUAUGUUGCGGUAUGUCUCCUAAUGGAAUCUAUAAAUUAUCCCGAGAAGCAAUAAUUGCUGCGCAGAUGCCUUUUUCAUUCACUACAAAGUCUACUUGGAGAGGUCCAUUCCCCAGGGAGAUUCUCUGCAUGUUCUGCCGUCAGCAACAACUAGCAGAACCCAUUUUUACUUUAUCUACUGCUCCUGUGAAACCAAUGUCUUGCAUAUUAAGAUCCUACCAGAAGUUGAAAGACUCAGAAUCUGAUGAUAGCGAAUAUCAAUAUGUGAGCAAGGGAAAAGAGGAGAUACCAGAAUCAGGGACUGGAUAUAGAUGUGAAGUGAAAAUUCUCUCAAAGUCCCAGGAUUUGGUUUUAGAUUGCUCGUCGAAAAAGUUCUAUGAGAAGGAAAACCAUGCUAUUCAAAAUGCUUCAUUGGAUGCACUCUCAUGGUUAAGUAGUCUUUUCGACGAGGGGGAUGUGGACCCACUGCAAACAUGUUAUACAAGUGAACACCUGGAUAUGGUAUUUCAACAGAGGACCUUGAUGAAAGAGGCUGUUCCAAGGGGACAUUUCCGAAAUAGAGACGAAAGGAAUGAAUAUGAGGACCAAAUUCGUAUUGAAUCUAUAACAAAGGGUUCCUUGGUUAGCAUAUGCUAUUCCGUGUAUUUGGAUGUAGAUGCUGAUUUUUCGAGUGAUGGUAAAGCUAAAAAAGAACUCAUCGAAAGCAAUGAAGAGAUAGAGUUCGAGGUGGGGAAUGGUUCUAUGAAUCCACAUCUUGAAUCAGUUGUUACUCAGCUGGCUGUGGGCCAAUAUGCUCGUUUUUUAAGUGAUGCGCCUGCUGAAGACUUGUUUGUCACUACUGCCACUGGAACCCAGAGAGAUCGUUCACUUUUAUCAGAUAUCGCAGGUUUUGAAUACUGUGUACGUUUGUUGGGAGUGAAAGGGCCAACAGAAAAACGAAUUGAGGCGGAUUUUUUCAAACCGUCACUUUCAAAACAGCGUCUUGAAUAUGUAGUGAAACAUAUAAAAGAAUCGUCAGCUUCUACUCUGGUUGACUUUGGAUGUGGAUCUGGAAGUUUACUAGCCUCUUUACUUGACUAUCCAACUUCACUUCAAACCAUUGCUGGCGUUGACAUCUUACAGAAGGGUCUUACCCGUGCUGCUAAGAGGCUACAUUCAAAGUUAAACAAGGGAGCUUGCAACCUCAAAUCUAUUAUACUCUAUGAGGGCUCCAUCCUCAAGUUUGAUUCCAGGCUACAUGACAUUGACAUCAGCACUUGCUUAGAGGUCAUUGAACACAUGGAGGAAGAUCAAGCCUGUCAAUUCGGGAAAACAGUUCUAAGCUUGUUUCGCCCGAAACUUCUCAUUGUCUCCACACCAAACAUCGAGAACCAAGACCACAAGUUCGAAUGGACAAGGAAACAGUUUAAACAGUGGGCAUCUAAACUCGCUAAACGCCAUAACUACAGCGUCUACUUUAGCGGUGUUGGGGAGUCUGGUAAAGCAGAUCCCGGGUUUGCUUCUCAGAUUGCUGUUUUCAGACGGAAAUCUUUGUCCAACGGUGUGGAGAAGGUGUCAGAAGGCUCGAUGCAGCCUUAUAAAGUCAUAUGGGAAUGGACAAGAGGAAUGUAUCAAAGAAGCUACAUUGUGUUUGUGAUGGCGGGUGGUGGGAAGCAUACACCUACUCCAAAGGCGAUAAUACAUCAGAAGUUUGGUGCUAAAGCAAGCUAUAGAGUUGAGGAAGUUCAUGACUCUUCUCAGAGUGGUUGUCCAGGUUUAGCAAUUCCUCAAAAAGGUCCAUGUCUCUAUCGCUGCCACUUGCAGCUACCAGACUUUUCUGUUGUAUCAAAUGUCUUCAAGAAGAAGAAGGAUUCCGAACAAUCUGCUGCUGAAUUGGCUCUUGAGAAGCUAGGCAUUCGUCCUCAGAAUGAUGAUCUUACUGUGGAUGAAGCUUGGGAUGAAAUUGUUGGACGCAUUAAGUAUAUAUUUUCUGAUGAGUUUCUUUCAGCUGAGCAGCCUCUAGGAGCUCACCUUAGAGCGGCAUUGCGAAGAGAUGGUGAACGUUGUGGAUCAGUUCCUGUUUCUGUCAUUGCUACAUUUGAUGCAAAGAUUAACAGUCGUUGUAAAAUUAUCGAUCCUUCUGUGGAAUCAGAUCCAUUCUUGGCCAUUUCCUAUGUCAUGAAGGCUGCUGCAAAGUUGCCAGACUACAUUGUUGCAUCUCCGCAUGUAGCUUCACUCCGAAGGAAAAAUGCAUACCCUUCAGAAAUUGUAGAAGCACUAGCUACUCAUGUAUCUAUUUCCCUACAUAGCAGAGAAGUCGCGGCUGUAUAUAUACCAUGUAUCGAUGAGGAGGUUGUUGAGCUAGAUACUCUUUACACUUCAUCAGACCGGCAUUACUUGGAUAGUAUUGCUGAAAGGCUCGGAUUGAAAGAUGGCAGCCAAGUGAUGAUGUCCAGGGCUUUUGGCAAAGCAUCCUGUGGUUCUGAGUGUAGAUUGUACUUUGAUAUUCCGAAGAAGUCCUCUGAUAAUUCAUCAGAAGCCUCUGGAAGUUCAAAUGAAGACUCAUCUCAUAUUAAAAAAUCUCGGAAUGCACGAGCAAGUUACAUUUGUGGUCAAGAUAUUCACGGGGAUGCAAUCUUGGCAUCUGUUGGUUACCGAUGGAAGUCCGACGAUCUUGACUCUGCUGAUCAUGCACUGAUGCAUGACAUUGGCUUUGUGGCUUCUGCAGAAUAUGUUGCGGAGAUUCUCUGCCUGUUCUGCCACCAGCACCGACUAGCAGAACCCAUCCUUUCUUCAUCCACUGCUCCUGUGAAAUCGUUGUCUGACAUAUUCAGAUCUCACAAGAAGUUGAAGGUCUCAGGAGUUGAUGAUGCCAAUGAGAAUUUGAGUAGGGAAAAAGAAGAUACACCAGGACUAGGGCAUGGGUUUAGAUGUGAAGUGAAAAUCUUUACAAAGUCUCAGGAUUUGGUUUUAGAAUGUUCACCGAGAAAAUUCUAUGAGAAGGAAAAUGAUGCCAUUCAAAAUGCUUCAUUGAGAGCCCUCUUAUGGUUUAGUAAGUUUUUCGCUGACCUGGAUGUGGAUGGAGAGCAGCCAUGUGAUACAGAUGACGACCAGGAUAUUAAAUCUCCAAGUCCUAAUGUUUUUGCGGCCCCACCGAUUUCCCAAAAUGAACACAGUUCUGAAUCAAAAACCACGAAUGUGCUAUCGGCAGAUACGCGUGUUCAAUCUAUAACAAACGGUUCCGUGGUUAGCAUAUGCUAUUCUUUGUCUUUGGCAGUGGAUUCUGAAGAUUCGAGUGAUGGUGAAUCUUCAAGAGAAGACAUUGAAAGCAAUGAAGAUAUGGAGUCUGAGGUGGAUGCUGAAUAUUCGGCUAAUUGUGAACCCUCAAUAGAUCUCAUUGAAAGCAAUGAAGAGAUAGAGUUUGAGGUAGGGACUGGAUCCAUGAAUCCACAUAUUGAAUCAGCUGUUACUCAGAUGACUGUGGGUGAAUAUUCUUCUUUUAGUAUUACACCCCCUGAUGCUGCUGAAGCUUUGAUUUUGGCUGUUGCUUCUGAUACUGUGAGAAUCCGCUCGCUCCUAUCAGAACGUCCAAGUUUAAAUUACAGUAUACUUUUGUUGGGAGUGAAAGGGCCAUCAGAAGAACGAAUGGAGGCGGCUUUUUUCAAACCUCCACUUUCUAAACAGCGUGUUGAAUAUGCACUGAAACAUAUAAGAGAAUCAUCCGCUUCUACUUUGGUUGACUUUGGAUGCGGAUCUGGAAGUUUAUUAGACUCUCUACUUGACUAUCCAACUUCACUUCAAACCAUCAUCGGUGUUGACAUUUCGCCGAAGGGUCUUGCCCGUGCUGCUAAGAUGCUACAUUUAAAACUGAACAAGGAAGCUUGCAACGUCAAAUCUGCUACACUUUAUGAUGGUUCCAUCCUUGAGUUUGACUCCAGGCUGCAUGACGUUGACAUCGGCACUUGCUUAGAGGUUAUUGAACACAUGGAAGAAGACCAAGCCUGUGAAUUUGGGGAAAAAGUUCUUAGCUUGUUCCACCCCAAGCUCCUGAUUGUCUCAACACCAAACUACGAGUUCAACACAAUUCUCCAGCGGUCUACACCAGAUACCCAAGAAGAAAACAACUCCGAGCCACAGCUUCCGAAAUUCAGGAACCAUGACCACAAAUUCGAAUGGACAAGAGAACAGUUUAACAACUGGGCAUCUAAUCUCGCCAAACGCCAUAACUACAGUGUCGAGUUUAGCGGUGUUGGUGGGUCUGGUGAAGUAGAACCUGGGUUUGCUUCUCAGAUAGCUGUUUUUAGACGUGAAGCUUCAUCUGUUGAGAAAGUUGCAGAAGGCUCAAUGCAGCCUUAUAAAGUCAUAUGGGAAUGGAAGAAAGGAGAUGAAGAAAAAAAGACUGAUCUUGGAUUAGAGUAGUAUCGACCAGAGACUACAUAUAUAUUGCAAGCAAUGUGAUGAUGUGUUCAUCUAUAAACUCAAAGCUUGUUU